AUGUCCUAUGACCGGUACCUAGCGGUGUGCCAGCCCCUGCAGUACCCAUCCCGUAUACAGGGCAAGCUCUGCCUCCAGCUGGGUGCUGCAUCCUGGCUCGGUGGCUUUCUAGCUAAUUCCGUACUGAUAGUCCUGAUCUCAGAUCUGGAUUUCUGUGGGCCUAAUGAAAUUGAGCACUUCUUCUGUGACUCCUUCCCUGUGCUGCAGCUCUCCUGAGGUGACACUCAUCUGGCAGCACUUCUCAUUUCCAUUUUCUCAUGUUUACAGCUCAUGCCCUGCUGCGGGAGAAAUUCUCCCACACCCUUCCUGCUGACCUUCUCAUCCUAUCUCUACAUCAUCAUCAAAGUCAUCAAAAUUCCUUCUGCUUCUAGUAGGAAAAAGGCCUUUUCUACUUGCUCCUCGCAUCUUGCUGUGGUGAUUCUUUAUUACUGGUCAAUAUUAACUGUCUAUGUGCUUCCUCACUGGGACACCCAACUAUCUCCAGACAAAGUCUUCUCUGUUUUUCAUACCAUUCUCACUCCCUUGCUCAAUCCUCUCAUCUACAGUCUGAGAAACAAAGAAGUAAAAGACGUUCUGCACAAACAGACAAUUAAAUUGCUGGGGUUCUGA